AUGAACUGGGCUAAGACCUCCAACCAAAACGCUGCUAUCCUUCUCUUGGAUUUUGAGAAAGCCUAUGAUAGAAUAGAAUGGAGCUUUAUUGAUACUAUGCUCAAGGCCUUUGGUUUCCCUAACCUAUUCUGUAAGUAUAUCAAACUUUUGCUUAAAGAUGCUAUGGCCCAAGUUGAUAUUAAUGGAUCUCUUUCGGAGCCCUUUCCUCUAACUCGAUCUAUUAGACAGGGAUGUCCACUUGCCCUUGCUCUAUUUGUAAUUGCUUCUGAAGCUCUUACAUACAUCCUUACUAACGACACUUCAUCCCUGGCUGUCAAAGGUAUCACUCUUCCCAACAAUGAGGAUCUAUCUAUCUGCCAAUUCGCUGAUGAUACUAGCUUAUUCAUUAAGAUGGAAGAUGAUAACUUUAAUUGUCUUACUAAGAAACUUGAUCUCUUCUGCUCGAUCUCGGGUGCUAAACUAUCUCAGGCCAAAUGUAUUUGUCUUGGCUGGGAUGAACAUCCUCAGGGGUGGUUGUUGAAAUUUGGCUUCCAGUGGGGUGGCCCAACCACCAUAACCAAAUACCUGGGCAUCCCUUUUGCUGUAGAUCCCUCUAUUAAGGAUAUGUGGUUAUGGGUUAAGACCAAAAUCACAAAAAAGCUUAAUAGCUGGUUCAACCGAUUCCUGUCACUUGCUGGCAAACUUCAAGUCUGUCAAAAGAUUUUAUCUUCAUACAACAUAUACUACGCUUCUUCUUGGAUGUUCAACAACUAUCAAAUUUUAGAAAUCCACAAGGCUAUAAGGAACUUCCUUUGGUCGGACGGUAAAGGAAAUAAAAAGUGCCACAUGGUUAAAUGGGACUGGUGCUGCACUGAUAAAAAAUAUGGAGGGCUUGGUCUAAAAGACCUUAGACUCCAAGGUAUUGCACUUGCCACCAAGUGGAUCUCUCACUGUGUAGAUGGAGAAGAGCCAUGGAAAGUACUUGUUAGGAACAAUAUCUUGAGAGGUUACCCAAAAAAAGCUAAAACUUGGAAAAAUCUCCCAUUUGCUGAUAUCAUCUUUGGUAAAUUUCCUACUGCUGUGCAUGGCUCUGCAGUAUUCAAAACAUUAUGGAGAGCUUGGGAGUUGUCUAGACACUGCAUUUCUGAUAAUGCAUUCCAUUCGGACGACUCUCUACAUGGUGAGAGGUCUAUUUGGUGGAAUCUGUAUCUCCAAGGGAAGCCGCUUGCCUUGACUCAAGGCUGUUCGGCCAAAGUUUGGAAUAACUUGGGAAUCUCCACAUUCAUGGACCUUUUUGAAAAUGAUUGCUUGAUUAAUUGGGAUGAGUUAAGAUAUAAAUAUAAUCUUCCUGCCGCUCAUAAAAAAACAUACUCCAUGCUUACUAGAGCCUGCUCGAAUAUCCCUUCAAACUGCCUCGUUGACUCUCAUAGAUUCACUAACAGCAAAUGGACUGAUGGUUCUCUACUGACUAAACUUAAAGCCAAAAAUGUUUACAACUCCCUGAAUAAUAAUCUUAGUAUUAUUAAGCAUGUUAAUAAUGUGUGGUAUACUGACCUGGAGAUGAAGGACUGGAAUAAAAAUUUUAAAAGAAUCUGGAAAUCCUCCAUUGACCCCAAGAUCAGAUGUUUUAGAUGGUUAUUGUUAAUUAAUAGAAUACCUAUUAACAAUUACCAGAUGAAUUAUGAUAGUUGUACCUUCUGCAAUAAACCUGAAACUUGUAGACAUAUAUUCUUUGAAUGUAAUUUUGCAAAGAAAGUAUGGGAAUUAUGUGGAAUUACGUACCCCAAGUACAUUGAUAUCUUUGAAAUUAUUAUAGGUUACAUUCAUGGACUUAAAAAUGAUUCUAAUAUUCUAUGGUUCAUUAUUUCAGCUAACAUUUUAUGGCAGCUAUGGAAAUGCAGAAAUGAGGAAAGGUUUCAAGGUGCACAUAGAUCUCUUACUGAGUUAUACCUUAAACUCACCCUUAUUAAAAUCUCUUCGCAGGUUUGUAUUACGAUGAUGAUCGAGAGGGAGAAACUGAUCAGAUUCCUCAAGAUGGGGCACUCUACUAUGUUCGUGUUUGAAAUGAAAGAUGGUUACGACUUUCGUAACCACAUGAACAAUAUGGUUUUUUUCAAUAAAACGGUGAAAAAGCUGCACAAGGAAAUUACCAAAAACAAGAAUGCGACUGAUGAUCAGAUAAAAAUAAUUGCUCAAAUCCAAGCUAAUAAAAGCAUCGCUUGGAUGGAAGGACCUCUCGGAUGGACAGCUUGGGUUGAACAGUUUGAAGACCUGCUGCAUUAA